AUGUACAACAAUGUUGGAACCCAGCAGCCUGGCAUGCCUGGAGUGCCAAUAGGUCAAAUACCUUCAGCAAAUGCUCAAGCUAAUCCAUUUGGUAAUGCAUUUUAUGGAGCUGGUUCUGGCUUAAUAAGAGGUGGUCUUGGUGCUUAUGGAGAGAAAAUAUUAGGAUCAAGCUCUGAAUACGUCCAAAGCAAUAUAACUCGAUACUUCUCUGAUCCUCAGUACUAUUUUCAAGUGAAUGACCAGUAUGUAAGGAACAAACUGAAAGUUGUUCUAUUCCCGUUCUUGCACAGGGGACACUGGACACGAAUAACUGAGCCAGUUGGAGGCCGCUUAUCGUACAAACCUCCUCUUUAUGAUAUAAAUGCACCUGAUUUGUACAUUCCCUUCAUGGCUUUCGGCACCUAUGUUAUUCUUGCCGGCAUGUCACUGGGACUCUAUGGAAAGUUCAGCCCUGAAAAUCUCAACUGGCUGUUCAUCAAGGGACUGCUCGGGUGGUUCAUGCAGGUUGCCCUGCUGAAAAUGGCUCUACUCUCAUUAGGCAGUGGAGAAGCUCCCUUGUUAGACAUUGUCGCAUAUGGAGGCUACAUGUUCACCGGCCUUUGUCUUGCCGUCCUUGGCAAGAUCUUGCUCGGUUACUCGUACUACUUCGUGCUGCCUUGGGCGUGUGUCUGCAUGGGGGUCUUUCUGGUGAAGACAAUGAAGCGCGUCCUAUUCGCCGAGGUGAGGAGUUACGACUCGAGCAGGCAUCACUAUCUCUUGCUCUUCAUUGCUUUGGCUCAAUUCCCACUUUUCAUGUGGCUUGGCAACAUCACUGUUAAUUGGCUUUUCUGA